AUGACUCGAAACCCAGACAUUCUGUUUAUGGCAGAGUAUAUUAAGAAUGUGCUUUAUUUUGCAACAGUGAGACAAGGAAAAGCACUCAAAAGCACUUCGGAUACGCAUUAUUUUUCUAUUGACGACGAAUUAGUAUACGAAAAUUAUUAUUCUGAUUUCGGACCGCUAAAUCUCGGUUGUGUAUUUAGAUACUGCUUAAUAUUAAAUGAUAAAUUAAAGCAAUACCUCAAUAAACAAACUAUUGUACAUUAUACAUCAAUAGAUCCCAAAAAGAAAGCAAACGCAGCAUUUGUUUUGGGAUGUUACGGUGUUUUGUAUUUGAGUUUAUCACCAAGAGAUGCCCUCAAGCCUCUUCUGGUUCACGGCCAAAGCUACAGGCCAUUUCAAGACGCCACACAGGGUGAUUCAAUGUAUACUAUUAAUCUGAUUGAUUGCUUACAAGCUAUUAAAAAGGCUCACGAUUUGGGUUUUUUUAAUUUUCAAGAUUUUAAUUAUGAAGAAUAUGACAGACUGAAUAAAAUACAAGGAGGUGACUUAAAUUGGAUUGUACCGGGCAAGUUUUUGGCUUUCAUUGGUCCAGUAGACUACAGUGUGUCAUUGUAUCACCCGCCAGAGAUGUACUUAGAUUAUUUUAAGGAAAAUCAUGUAAAAAUUGUCAUAAGGCUGAAUAAGAGGUUGUAUGAUGGAAAUACGUUCAGUAACGUCGGCAUCACACACUAUGACUUAUUUUUCCCGGAUGGUUCCGUUCCUCCACGACAUAUUCUCUUCAAAUUUAUGCAAAUCAGUGAAGACGCCGAAGGUGCUAUAGCUGUCCAUUGCAAGGCAGGUUUAGGGCGCACUGGUUCAUUAAUAGGGUGUUACCUCAUCAAACACUAUCGAAUGUCUUCGCAUGAAGCAAUAGGAUGGAUGAGAAUUUGCCGACCAGGAUCUGUAAUUGGGCACCAGCAGGAAUGGCUGGAGAGUCUGGAACCAUGGCUAUUAAAGCAAGGAAAUAUUUAUAGGAAACGGUUAUUUCAAGAUUCUGAAAAAUUACCUUAUCAUGAAUUCGGGAUAUAUUCCAUAGCUGAGAAAGCUAUCAAACAGGGUCCAACGAUUUUACAUAAAUGCCCAUCGCCUCCUCCACCAAUACAAAGACAAACACGAGCUGAUGUCAGAAUUUUAGAGAGACCACAUGCUUCAAAAGUAAAAGAUGCUUUUCAUAAGACGACCGAGAGGGAAUCUACCGACUGGCGCAUGAGAACACUAAAAGUAGCGUCAAAACCUAGUCACAGAGGAGAUCAAUUUGAAACGAAUAUCGAGUCAAAGCGAAGUAGUGGCGCAGGAGAACCAAGAGUACCAUCACGAGCUAGGUCUCAAAGGAAUAAUAUUAAAAUGAAUGAUUCUAGAGGAAACUUUCGAAGUUCUAGCCCGUGUCCUAUAUCUACUUUUUGCACUACUCAAGGACCAGUUGUAAAGACAAUCAACGACGCGAAGAAUUUUUUGAUGCGUAGUAGCGCAUACAACGAACAACGAUCAAGAAAUUUGAAUUCAUCAAUGACAAUCACACCGCAGUACGGGCGUCACGCAGCUUACUCAAAUGAGAGAGAAGUUUGCCCUCCUAAUACAGCGCGUAUUACUCCUUCAUCAUACAGCACUGUAAAUAGAUCAUCGACUCAACCUCACUAUCGACGUCGACUUGGCCGAAGCCCGAGCCCAUCUCCAAUUCGUAAUGAACAAACACGUGCUACAAAUACGCCAAUUUCCCCAAUCGAAAGGACCGUUGUGAGAGAUGCUUCAAAGACUGCAUUACAAGAAGCACUCUCAAGAUUAAAAUUGACGACAUGGCGGGACGGGUCCGUCGGCGCCGCGUCUCUAGGCGCCCGGCGGGACGCUCCGUCUCCGAAACGGGCUCCCAGCGUGCGCUCCGAUGAACGUCCGCUGGCUACACAGGGCGACAUGCUCAACAGUAUCAAGUUCCAAAGGAGACUAAGGGAGUCGUUCCACGGUGAAAAUCGGAUUCCACUCAUACAGGAUAAAAUCAGCGCAACAGCAAAGGAGAAAAAUGUUAAAAAGGUUAACUCAAAAAGCAGUACUGUGACGAGGGCGACCGAGCACAGCUCACCUAAGAUGAUGAGCAGUACUUCCCGAAGCCUGUCUCGCCCCAUCUCUCCUAAAGGAAGACGAAGCGCCUCACCAUCGCAUUAACACAAGUUGGGAAUCUGGGAAAUUUUUUGUGCUUUUGUGUGGGAG